ACAGGAUGACAUCUCUAAAGUUUGUCUUCUGUCUUAUAUGUUUGCUCUUGUGGAAAACAGCUGCUCUGAAAUUCUCCUCAUCUGUGUGUCAGGACAGUGUUUUUUUAUCAGUUAAAGCUGGAGACAAUUUGACUUUAUGCUGUUUUAAUGAGGACGAUGUUUCAGCACGGCUUUAUUGGUUUAAGCAAACUCUGGGACAGAAGCCAAGGCUCAUCUCUGACUUCUCUGUACAUGAUAAAAAUGGCAUUUUUUAUGAAGAAUUCAAGGACAAUCAACGCUUUACGCUGGAUACUAAAAAUGGCACCAAUCACUUGACAAUUUCUAAUUUACGCACGUCAGACUCAGCUACUUACUACUGUACAAAAGGUUAUUCAGUCACAUUUACAUUUUUGGAGAGCAUUAUUGUCAGUGUACAGGGUUCAGGACUGAACAUCCAUCAGUCCGGAUCUGAGACCAUCCAGCCAGGAGGCUCCAUGACUCUCAGCUGUACAGUUCACACUGGGACCUGUGAUGGAGAACACAGUGUUUACUGGUUCAAAGACUCUGAAGAAUCUCAUCCAGGACUCAUUUACACUCAUGGAGACAGGAAUGAUCAGUGUGAGAGGAAACCUGAGACACAAACACAAACCUGUGUCUACAACUUGCCGAUGCAGAGGCUGAACCGUUCUCAUGCUGGGACCUACUACUGUGCUGUUGCCUCAUGUGGACACAUACUGUUUGGAGAUGGGACCAAGCUGGACUUUGAGGAUGAGGGGGACUCCCCUCUCUUGGUGUGUUUCCUGAGUGGAGCUCUGACAGUCACUACCUUCCUGGUUGCUUUCCUGGCUUUCUUACAGUACAAGACGAACAAAAGCAACAGCUACCAAUCUCCUGAAGCAAGAUUCAUAGCUCCCUCCACAGCAAACAUUGAUGGUUUCCGAGAUGAAGACAACCUCCAUUAUGCUGCUAUCAGUGAUAACCUGCCCGACAGAUCAAGCAGACAGAGGGACGACACCAAGAUUGACAGUGUGUAUUCCUGUGUUAGGCAGAAGAAAUUACUUCUUUAAGUAAGGCUGGAUUAUUUACUUUUAAUUCGAAGGUUAAUGUAGGUUUAAACUAGAUUUAGAUGUAGAUGUUGAGAUUGUCUUUAUGUACAGUGUUGACAAGAAGUGCUUUUAUUUUGAAUGCCUCCUGAUUCUUAUUUUGUUUUCUUACCAAGAAAAAUAAUCUUUAGGUAAGUUUUUGUACAUGUGAAUAAAUUCUCUUUCUGACAAAAAACGAACAUUUAAAAGCUCAGAUUCAUCGAUGGUGCAGAAGUGACACCUGGGCUUAGAGGUUCAAGUAUGUCAAGAACUUCCUCGUUUCCCCCUCAGUGGUUUUUAA